UCUCUCCUUUCCUGUCACGAACUGCAGGUGGAGAAAUUUUGGAAUCUUCAUCGGAAAACUGAAUUAAGCUGUAAGAUUAUCUCUCGCCGUUCUUUGAUCGGAGGAAAAUGACUUCCGAGCAGGAGCUUCUCACUAUCGAGCCUCUCGAGCUAAAGUUUCCCUUGGAGCUUAAGAAACAGAUCUCGUCUUCUUUUCAAUUGCUAAACAAGACCGAUAAUUUCGUUGCUUUCAAGGUGAAGACAACUAAUCCUAAGAAGUAUUCCGUCCGACCUAACAGUGGCAUUGUGCAGCCUCGUUCAACCUGCGCUGUUGUAGUUACUAUGCAGGCCCUAAAAGAGGCACCCCCAGAUUUGCAAUGCAAGGACAGAUUUCUCGUCCAAAGUGUUGUUGCAAAUCCAGGUGCCGUCCCAAAGGAUGUUAAUGCAGAGAUGUUUGACAGGGAGGCAGGGAAGCAUGUUGAGGAGUCUAGAUUGAAAGUUAUUUAUCUUUCCCCACAUAAGCCACCAUCGCCAGUUCCAGAAGAAUCUGAGGAAGGAUCUCCACCUAGGUCAUUUGAGUCUGAAGGUGGACAUUCCAGUCAUUCUGAAGGAGUAACUGCUUCAAGAGAUCAUAAGGAGAUUCAUGACAGCAGCAAUGAGUCAAAGACCCUUUACUUAAAGUUGGCUGAAGAGAAGACUUAUGCAGUUGAGCAAAACAAAAGACUUCGUCAAGAACUGGAAAUGCUGAAGCGUGGACAAGCAAAAACGAGUGGAAGAAUUCCAAUAUUGUAUGUAUUGCUUAUUGGGCUGAUUGGACUUCUUUUGGGAUACUAUAUGAAGAGUUAGGGGGGGUAUCAAAUUAUGUAAUAUCUGUGUUGGGUUCAUGAUCAACCAAGGGAGAAGGAAUAAGGUUGAUUUAAAAUAUAUAUAUAUGAUGGAUGAAUGAUGAUGAUGAUGAGGGAGAGAGAAGAAAAGAUAUUUCUAUUUUUCUUUUUUUAAUAUUAUUUUUCCACUUUUGGAAGUGCUUCUUUAGAAGCCACAACAACAGGUUUGACAGUGGGCUGACUCUGUAAGAGAAUCUGGAUGCUUUUUUUUUAUUUUAUUUUUGUAAGUUUUAAGGUUGUGAUGAAUUGUGAGACUUGUUUGAAAGCACUAUCUUGCUCUUCUUUUU